CUCCAAAGCGCGUUUUCUCUGUUCCUCUUCUCUUCGCAAACAAGAAUCCAACCACACGACGCUGAAAUCAAAUUCGAAUUUCCCCAACCUCACCCUCCACUCCUUAAUUGAAUUCACUGCAUAAUUCAAGAUGUUGGAAGCACGUCUCGAGCAAGCAGAUCUGCUAAAGAAGAUCGUCGAUGCUAUCAAGGAUCUCGUCCAAGAUUGCAACUUCGACUGCAAUGACUCCGGCGUCGCCCUCCAGGCCAUGGACAACUCCCACGUCGCGCUGGUAUCCAUGAUGCUCAAGGCAGAGAGUUUCUCACCCUACCGAUGCGAUCGCAAUGUCGCCCUCGGCCUCAACCUUACGUCCCUGACGAAAGUGCUCCGUGCUGCUGGUAACGAGGAUAUCUUGACGAUUAAAGCAGAGGACGCGCCGGAUGUGCUCAACUUGGUCUUUGAGAGCAGCGAGAGUGAUAGAUUGAGUGAAUAUGACUUGAAGCUGAUGGAUAUCGAUCAAGAGCACUUGGGUAUUCCUGAUACUGAGUACGCGGCUACGAUCAGCAUGCCGUCUACCGAGUUCAGGAGAAUCUGUGUUGAUCUUAUGGCUUUGUCUGAAUCUGUUUCCAUUGAGGCUUCUAAGGAUGGUGUCAAGUUCUCUUGUGCUGGUGAUAUUGGAAAUGGUGCCGUCACUCUGCGACCACACAGCAAUGUCGAGAAGCCCGAGUUGGACGUUGAAAUCGAGCUCACGGAACCGGUCUCUUUGACCUUCUCUCUCAAAUAUCUCGUCAACUUCUGCAAGGCCGCCGGUUUGUCCAAAUCUGUCAAGCUUUGCCUCUCCAACGAAGUCCCCCUCUUGGUUGAGUAUCAAUUGGCAGGAAGCAGUUAUCUCAGAUUCUACCUUGCUCCUAAGAUUGGUGACGAGGAAUAGACGACAUGAUGGUGGUACAAUAAUAAAUGAUGGUAUGAGGUAUAAAGCAUAUUUGAAUGCGGCGUGAAGGUUGACUUUAAGGAUAUGGUGCUUGCUUUUAGUCAACUGCAUUAUGGGUCAUGAAGAUUCCCGGAUUUGCUUUGCCUAAGACAAUGUUUUUAUGACACGAAGAAAUGCAGUAUCCUCCCAAAAGUCCAUCCCACAAAUACC